UAAGGAGCAGAAAUGGAGGUGAGAAAAAUAUAGAAAGCUUCAAAGUUUUGUGCUUUUCUUCUCUAUGCAUGGCUACCUUCUUGAAAACAAGCAACAGAUCCUUAAUGGCUGCUAUCGUGCUACUUCUGGGACUCUUAGCGGCAAACCUUGGCACAACAGGUGGACAAUCGAUUGGCGUUUGUUAUGGAAUGCUGGGCAACAAUCUCCCAUCAGCUUCAGAAGUUACAUCUCUCUACAGAUCGAACAACAUCAAGCGAAUGAGAAUCUAUGAUCCGAAUGAAGCAGCUCUGCAAGCUCUUAAAGGCUCCAACAUUGAACUCAUGCUAGGCGUUCCAAACUCUGACCUUCAGAAACUCGCCUCCAACCCUUCCGACGCAAAUUCAUGGGUACAAAGAAACGUGCUGAGCUUCUGGCCUAGCGUCAGAUUUCGAUACAUUGCAGUUGGAAACGAAGUAAGUCCUGUCAAUGGAGGCACAGCUUCGCUGGCUCACUUUGUUCUCCCUGCCAUGCAAAACGUUUUCAACGCUAUCAGAUCCGCCGGCCUUCACGACCAUAUCAAGGUUUCAACUGCCAUUGACAUGACCCUGAUCGGAAACUCCUACCCGCCGUCGCAGGGAGCUUUCCGGGGAGAUGUCAGGGCAUAUUUAGACCCCAUCAUCGGCUUCCUUGUGUAUGCCAAGGCACCCUUGCUAGCCAACGUGUACACAUAUUUCAGCUACGCAGGGAAUCCGCGCGACAUAUCUCUUCCGUAUGCUCUGUUUACUUCCCCGUCGGUUGUUGUAUGGGAUGGUUCGCGGGGAUACCAAAACCUUUUUGAUGCCAUGAUGGAUGCGUUGUUCUCAGCUCUUGAGAGGGCCGGAGGGGCUUCUCUGGAGGUUGUUGUGUCAGAGAGUGGAUGGCCAUCGGCCGGCGGGUUUGCUACCUCCGUCGAUAACGCACGUUCUUAUUACUCCAAUUUGAUCCGGCAUGUCAAAGGGGGCACCCCCAAGAGGCCUGGCAGAGCUAUAGAGACUUACCUGUUUGCCAUGUUUGAUGAGAAUCAGAAACAGCCAGAGUUGGAGAAACACUUUGGAGUUUUCUCCCCAAAUAAACAGCCCAAAUACUCCCUCAAUUUCGGUGGAGAAAGAAUCUGGGAUGUCUCUGCUGAGUAUAAUGCAACAGUUUCUCUUAAGAGUGAUAUGUAAGACAGUAAGCAUGCAUAGGAGCUAGUCCUCUGUUUUUCUGUGUCUUCAUCUUAAUAAAAGAAAGAAUCCAUAGCUUGUGGUUUAA